AGCAGUGGCUUCGCCGUUACUCUUUCUGACACCCUAAUUUUGUUCCGAAAAAAAAAAGACAAAAGAAAAGAAAAAAACCAGCCCCCAAUUCUUCCCCUUCCUCCUCCAAUGGCUUCUUCUUCUUCCGGAGAUUGGGGGUUGAUUUUUUCCCUUCUUCUGCUUUUUCUGUUUGUUUCCCGAGUAAAUUCUCUCACCUGCACUUCCCGGAAAUUCUCCAACAACAAUCUCUAUUCUCACUGCGCCGAUCUCCCCUCCCUCUCCGCAUUCCUCCACUGGACCUACGAUUCUUCUAAUUCCUCUCUCUCCGUCGCAUUCGACGCAUCUCCGGCCAAAUCCGGCGGAUGGAUCGCCUGGGCGGUGAAUCCCAAGGCCGACGGUAUGGUCGGCUCUCAGGCCUUCGUUGCCUACCUCGCCGACGGCGUUCCUACUCUUAAGACCUACAAUGUCGCCUCCUAUGGAUCUGUGGAGCCCGCGAAGCUUUCGUUUGAGGUUUGGGACACGGCGGCGGAGUUUUCAGGCGGCGUAUUGACGAUUUUCGCGAAACUGAAGGUGCCGGAGGCGGCGAAGAAGGUGAAUCACGUCUGGCAGGUCGGGCCGUCCGUCGAAGGAACCAGCCUUGGCACACACGACUUCGCAGCGCCCAAUCUGAACUCGAAAGGAGCCCUAGAUUUGUCCGGCGGUGGCGGCGGAGGCGGAGGAUCGACUGGCGCCGCAAGCGGCGGAGUCGAUUCGCGAACGAAGAGGAAAAAUAUUCAUGGAGUUCUGAACGCUGUGAGUUGGGGGCUUCUGUUCCCGAUCGGAGUUGUGAUUGCGAGGUACCUUAGGGUUUUCCCGGAGGCGGAUCCGGCGUGGUUUUAUCUUCAUAUUUCGUGUCAGAUUUCGGCGUACGCCAUUGGAGUGGCCGGGUGGGCGACUGGUUUGAAGCUUGGGAGUGAAUCGGUAGGGUAUCAGGCUACCGAUCACCGGAAUAUUGGAAUUGCGCUCUUCGCCAUGGCCACUUUGCAGAUGUUUGCACUGUUCUUACGACCAAAAAAAGACCACAAAUUCCGAGUGUACUGGAACAUCUACCAUCACAGCGUCGGAUACUCCAUCAUCAUCCUCAGCAUCAUCAACAUCUUCAAAGGCUUCCACAUACUCAACCCCGACCACAAAUGGAAGUCGGCCUACAUCAUCGUCAUCGUCACUGUCGCCGUGAUCGCCCUCCUCCUGGAAGCCUUCACUUGGGUUGUGGUGUUGAAGAGGAAGAGCUCUAACAAAUCUACCAAGCCUUACGACCCCAAAACCCGACCAUAGACGCUCGGUCGGGCACCCGGGRAAGCAAGCAAGGCUUCUUCACAUAGUAAGACUUUGUCACUCUUAUAUAUAAUUUGUUUAUUGUUGGUGUUCUUGUGGUGGUUUGGUUUGGUGAGGUUCUUCCAUGUGAGAGCCCUCUUUGUAUAAUUAGUUCAUCUUAGUUUUGCAAAUAUUCAUUCUCAACUCACUCACUCACUACUUCAUGCAUGUGUUUAUUUUAUUUUUCUCAAGUGGGACAUGGAUUAAUUAUAAUGCACAACUCAAAUGAAUUGUAUUUUA